UGUGUCGAAUCUGCUGAUGGGGAAGCUCAAAUGCGUCCGUAGCGCUCAGUCGUAAAGAAACCAUGGCAGCAACACAAGCCUCCAAAGAGCAGAAAUACGACAGACAGCUGAGAUUGUGGGGAGACCACGGUCAGGAGUCACUGGAGAAUGCUCACGUCUGCCUCAUCAACGCCACAGCUACUGGAACCGAGAUACUGAAGAACCUGGUGCUGCCAGGUAUCGGCGCGUUCACCAUAGUUGAUGGACACACAGUGUCUGGGGAAGAUGUUGGAAACAACUUUUUCCUGAGCAACAACAGCAUUGGAAAGAACAGAGCACAGGCUGCCACUGAGCUGCUCCAAGAACUUAACAGUGAUGUCUCUGGAAACUUUGUCGAGGAGAGUCCAGACAAACUUCUUGACAACGAUCCAGAGUUUUUCCACAGGUUUACCAUAGUCAUCGGUGUCCAUUUGCCAGAAAGCACGUGUUUGAGGCUCGGCUCAGUUCUGUGGAGCGCCUCGGUACCUUUCCUCGUCUGUAAAACAUACGGCCUCAUUGGCUACAUGAGACUAGUGGUGCAGGAGCAUACAGGUUAGUUCUGAUACUAUAAAAUGUUGACCAACAGUUAUUUUUGAACUCUUAAUUGGUAUUAUAUUUUUACAUGUAUAAUACUUUCAGUUCACAGUAAAGGGUGAACCCAUGAAAUCAAAAAUGAUCACAGUCACACACCUUGGAUUAUCAUUGUUGCAAAAUAUCUAGAGAAAUGGCUCAGUGAGCACAACUGUCAGCCACCCAAAAAUUACAAGGAGAAAGAGGCAUUCAGACAAAUCAUUCGUGAAGGGAUCCUGAAGAAUGAGAAUGGUGUCCCAGAGGAUGAAGAAAACUUUGAGGAAGCUAUUAAAAAUGUCAAUACAGCUUUAAAUCCAACCAAGGUUCAUAGUGCUCUUGAAGACCUCUUCAACAGUGAGCAGUGUAACAACAUCACCUCACAGACUCCGACCUUCUGGGUGAUGCUGCGAGCCGUCAAGGAGUUUGUUCACAAUGAAGGAAACGGAAGCCUCCCUGUGAGGGGAACCAUUCCAGACAUGAUCGCAGACACUCAGAAGUUUAUCAACCUUCAAAAUGUUUACAGGGAAAAGGCCCUGCAGGAUGCAGCUGCUGUGUCUAAGCACGUAGAACGUCUGUUGCAGUCUGUUGCAAAGCCACCAGAGAGCAUCUCUGACAAAGACAUCAAGCUAUUCUGUAAGAAUGCGUCCUUUCUGAGGGUGGUGCGCUGCAGAUCUCUGGCUGAAGAAUAUAGUGUGGAGUCCGUAAAUAAAGAUGAAAUCACCUCAUGCAUGGACAGUCCAGAUAGCGAGAUGGUAUUUUACCUGAUGCUUCGUUCUGUCGAUCGCUUCUAUCAGCAGCACUCCCGCUACCCAGGAGUUUACAACUACCAAGUUGAGGAUGACAUCAGCAAAUUGAAGCUGUGUGUAAACAGCCUUCUGCAGGAGUACAGCCUCAACGUCAAUAUCAAAGACGACUAUAUCCACGAGUUCUGUCGAUAUGGUGCGGCAGAGCCACACACAGUUGCAGCAUUUUUGGGAGGAUCUGCUGCUCAAGAGGCCAUCAAGAUCGUCAGCCACCAAUUUGUGCCCUUUAGCAACACGUUCAUUUACAACGCAAUGUCACAGACCUCUGUCACCCUGAAUUUGUAAAUUAAGUUUUCUCACAAAAAUAUCAGAGAAAAUAGGGUAAUAAUGGCAUAAACGCAUUUAUUGUAUAAACUGGCUGUAAUAAAUGGAAACUGGAGGUUUGAUAGAGGAGAGACAGAAUUGCAUUUUUUAUGGGAUUAUGACUUAAGUGUAUGCACUUAAAGCUAAUAACAUUUCCCAUUGUUACCUGCACUCUUAAGACUAAAUGAUCUGUUGAUCGUGCAUAAAACCCUGCCCUGUUUUUUGAAGUUUCUGAAGGAGAGUGAAUCUGUGUUACACCCGGAGACCAUCAGUGUUCAGCAAACAUUAAACAAAGUUGGAAAAUAAAUCAGCAAAUUCAAAA